AAUGACUCCGAUGUUGUUUCUAUUGUGGCUACGUUCAUUGAGGAGAGCCAAUAAUCUGCUCAAAAAUGCCGAGUCAAGAGGUUGUAACUACGAAAGUAGUGGUUCACCCUUUAGUUUUACUAAGUGUGGUGGAUCACUUUAAUCGUAUGGGAAAAAUUGGUAAUCAAAAAAGAGUCGUAGGAGUUUUAUUGGGAUGUUGGAGAGCCAAAGGUGUCCUGGACGUGUCAAACAGUUUUGCAGUGCCCUUUGAUGAGGAUGAUAAAGACAAAACUGUGUGGUUCCUUGAUCAUGAUUACCUAGAAAACAUGUAUGGAAUGUUCAAAAAAGUUAACGCGCGUGAAAAAGUGGUAGGUUGGUAUCAUACCGGGCCCAAAUUACAUCAAAAUGACGUUGCAAUUAAUGAACUCAUUAGGAGAUACUGUCCUAAUUCAGUUUUGGUCAUCAUCGAUGCCAAACCUAAAGAUCUUGGUCUUCCAACAGAAGCAUAUCAAGCCGUUGAAGAAGUUCACGAUGAUGGAUCGCCAACAUCUAAAACUUUUGAACAUAUCCCUAGUGAAAUUGGUGCAGAGGAGGCAGAGGAAGUAGGUGUAGAGCAUUUACUAAGGGAUAUUAAAGAUACCACAGUUGGUACGCUUAGUCAGAGAAUUACGAACCAACUACUCGGUUUGAAAGGUCUACACGAACAAAUUAGAGAAAUUAGAGAUUACUUGCUUCAAGUUGGUAGUGGUAAAUUGCCUAUAAAUCAUCAAAUUGUUUAUCAACUUCAGGACAUUUUUAACCUGCUACCCGAUAUGACGCAAUCCACUUUCGUCGAUUCACUGUACGUGAAAACAAACGAUCAAAUGUUAGUCGUAUAUCUCGCGGCACUUGUUAGAUCUAUAGUGGCUUUACAUAAUUUGAUUAAUAAUAAGUUAACUAACCGUGAUGCGGAGAAAAAGGAAACAGAUAAAAAAGAAACGAAAAAAGAUGAGAAGAAAGAAGAAGAGAAAAAAGAUGAAAAAGAGAAAACAAAAGCUAAAAGUCAGUGAAUAAAGUGAAAUUAAGAUUUUGUGUGAUCGAGACUGUUAAUCUUGCAACAGUUCACAAAACUUAUAAAGUUUGUUUAUACAUGUACAAAUGUAUUUUGUGCUAUCAGAUGGUCCGCAUUUCAAGUUAACACCAAAAAUAAACAUUAAAAUUAUCUCAUU